AUGUCAAUUCCUUUAUUCUUAUUCACGUUCAAUUGUGCUAAAUUACCACAAACAGACUUUUCAAAGCUUCAAGAUGCUCUACCAUCAGACCAUAUCCCUGAACUUUUCGUAUUUGGUUUCCAAGAAUUAGUUCCAAUAUUAGAUUCCACAAUCCCUAAAGAAGUUAAUCAAAGACUAUUUGAAAUCAAUGAUUCGAUUCAUGAUGUCCUCUCCUCUAAAUAUCCAGAUUCUAGUUCAAUCCAUACAAUAAAUAUUCAUCAUCUUGGAGCUAUUGGUUUAAUAAUAAUGACCCCUUUCCAAAGUUCUAUUAAAAAAAUUGAUAAUACAGUUGCUAGUUGUGGAUUAUUUUAUUCAAGUUUAAAAGGUGCGGUGGCUACAAGAUUAACACUGGUUAAAGAUUCACAAGAAACUGAAUUCACAUUUGUUGUUGCACAUUUAAGUGCUAAUGAAGGUUAUGUUGAAAGAAGAAAUAGAGAUAGUUGGAGAUUAUUAAGAUCUUUGAGUUUCAAUGAUGGUUGGAGUGUUUUGAAACCUAAAAAUCAUUGUUUUUUCAUGGGUGAUUUGAAUUAUAGAGUUGCCUUAUAUGGAGAUGAACUGAAGAGACAAAUUGAUGAAUCGAAAGUUUUCAUAGGGUUUAAUGAACAAGAUAUUCAUUUUGAUCCAACUUAUAAGUUUAAUGUUGGUACAUCAAGUUAUAACUCUAAAAGAAUUGCCUCAUGGUGUGAUAGAAUCCUGUAUCAAAAAUAUAAUGGGAAUGAGAAAUUAAUAAGGUAUGAUAAGUUACCAUUUCUGUCUUCUGAUCAUCAACCUGUUUUUUUAUCAAUAUUGGUUCCUUUCCAAGCACCUCCAAAUGCUGUUAAUUCUCUAGGUUAUUUGAUUGAAGGUGGAGAAUUUAUGAAAUCAACAUAUGCUAGUAAAUUUGGGAACUAUGCUUUAAUCGUUUCAGAUUCUAUUAUUGGAUUAUCAUUGAAAAGUAUAACUACAACAAGUGGAAGAAUUGUAUUGAUAGUGAUGUUUUUAUUUAUUUUAUGGUUAUUUAAAUGA